CAGACACCCGGACGUGCGUCACGGGAUAACAACAUGUCCGCGUUCAUUUGAAACAGAAUAGUGUGCUCGGUUUGCUUUUCACCGCAUACUUUGAUGAGUUUGUACGUUUCUCCAAGUGAGCAGGAGAUUGCAGAGGGAGAAGCAUCUGUUAAAGGGAAGGACCGCACUCCAGGACUGGAAGAUCGACUAUUUGUUAUUAUCAGAAAUAAUGCUGAUAUUGGGAACUCAUGUCGCACGUCUAUGAAGAGAGAGCCACAAUGAUAGCCGCAGGCGAAUUGCAGUCGUUUGUCCCAUUCGGUCGUGAGCACUGCAAAAAUCACCCGAAUGCUGUGAAUCUCCAGCUGCGGCAGCUCCAGCCGGCAUCUGAGCUCUGGUCCUCCGACGGGGCAGCCGGGCUUGUGGGAUCUCUUCAGGAGGUAACUCUACAGGAGCGUGACAAGGAGCGCUGGCAGCUGAGGAAGGGAACGGCUCCUGAUGAUGUUGAAUAUGACGAGGAGCUGUAUGUGGCUGGAAACAUGGUCAUCUGGAGUCGUGGCAGUAAGAAUCAAGCCUCAUGUGUGUACAAGGCUUUCACAGUCGACAGCCCAGUUCAGCAGGCUCUUUGGUGUAAUUUCACUGUUCCUCAGGCUAAAAAAGAUGUAAAGGACGUUGUGGAGCAGACGGUGUGUAUUGUCCAGAGCACCUGUGUGAACGUCCACAGCAUGAGCGGGAAAGACUUCAUAUCUCCACUUCCCUUCCAGGUUUCUGCACUCUGGCCAACAAAGUUUGGCCUACUUUUGGAGCGCAAAAAUAUAACAGUUGAUGGCCACAUGAGCCCCAUCAGCAGGGAACCUCUCCCGACUUUGUUCAGCAUGCUGCAUCCAUUAGAUGAAAUCGCUCCUGUUGUUUGUAAGUCCACCGGUCUGUUUGAAACCCGGCUCCAGUAUGUUUCAGACAGCGCUCUGAGAGUGGUGUUCACCUGCCUCAAACCCUCCAUUAUCAUGACCUACGACACACAGCAGUGCACACACACCGUCUGGAAUCUGCGCAAAGUCACAUCUGAGGAGCAGAACACUGUGUUAAAGUUUCCAGAUCAGUCUGGACCGGCUCACACUCCUAAUGCGGCUCCCAGUUUCCUCAGCACACACCUGAGAAACGUGAACCGGCUGGACUCUCCGGCUUCACCUUUACACUGCCAUGCUCUUCACAACCAAAGCCGAAUCCCAGCCUCCCCGGCCCUGCACUCUCGGGUUCACUCGCCCAGCAUUUCCAACAUGGCUGCUCUCAGUCGUGCUCAUUCCCCUGGCAUCGCCGUGCCCUCGUUCUCUGGGAAUCAGCGUUUCAACAUGUCAUGCCACACGCCAUCUUCGCGUGGCCACAGCAUCCUGGCUUCACCCAACAGCACCCUGAAUGACACCCUGCUGCCUGAGAUGGAGCCCAUCUUACCAGACCUCUGCAUCGAGCAGCUGUGGACGGAAACCAGCGCCAUCUCCAGGGAGAAAGGCUGCCAGGCGUCUAAAGUCUUCAUCACCUCUGAUCUGUGUGAAAACCGGUACCUGUGCUUCCUGGUCGAGUCCCAUCAGCAGCUCAGGUGUGUAAAAUUUCUUGAGAGCAAUGAAACGUCUCAACUGAUCUUUGCAACGGUUUCCACCAUCGCUGCAAAAGAUGCCGCUCCUCUAGAGGACAUUCACACAAUGCUGGUGCUGGAGGCCAAUGGGAGUCUGGUGUUGUACACAGGAGUCACCAGGGUCAGCAAGGUGUUUGUCCCUGGCCUUCUGUCUCCUACAUUCAGCGUGCCGAACCAGCCGCCAAUAUUGAGCACACCUCUGGAAAACAUCAGCACUCCGGCCCGAGCCACAGUUCAGCAUAUGAGCCGUCUGGAGGAGGUUGGCAUGCCGUCUCCUGUGCUGGAGAUGCGCAGCUCGUUGCAGCACAAUGAGUCCUCAUGGCUGGAAGAGUCUCCAUUUCAGCAAACUGCUCCUCGUAUUCAGACCCUCCGAGACCCCGUCUGCAACAGAGUCACACUGGAAUUGAGUUCCGGUUCCAUGUUGAGAAUCACCAUUCCCGAGGUGGCCACUUCAGAGCUGGUCAAACGCUGCCUGCAGGCCAUCCGAUUUAUUUUACCCAAGGACACUGCCAUGAAAGUGCUGGUCAAGUGGUACAACAGCUACAACGCCCCCGGAGGUCCCAGCAUGCACCUGGAGUGGAACCUGUUCGUCACCUGCCUAAUGACAAUGAUGGGUUACAACACAGAGCGGCUGACGUGGACACGCAACCUUCAUUUUGAAGUGCCUCUUUCACCAGUAAUCGCUGCUAAGAAAGCCCGUCCUGCCGACACUGGGUCAGAUGAGGAUUGGCUGUAUCUCCGCUGCUCAGACUAUCAUUGGCAGGUGUCCAUGCGGCCUGCGGUGUCUGUUCAGGGUCUGGAGAUGCUGUUUCCCCCUGCUGGAGUGGAUGAUCAGGAGUCUGCUCUGGGUUUGGAGUCGUCCGCUCUCCUUUUCCCACACAUCCCGCUGCUCUUUUAUGUCCUGCAUCUGCUGUAUGAGGACCUGAAGCUGGACGAGUUGCAGAGGAGUGGUGCCAGGGCUCUGGUUGGCCUGCUGCAACAGCUUGCCAGGGACCUGCAGCUGGAGGAUUUCAUUGAUCUGUACUGGCGUGAUUUCCCCUCAUUCAUCAAAACGUUCAAGGAGGCCUGUGUGAUUGAUCAAGCUCAGAUGGAGCUGAUGACGUGGCCGGUGUUUCUGAAUGGAGAAGCUCCGUGUGUGUUCAACUGGAUCAGUCGCUGUCUGAGAGGACAAGAUGUUGCGCCGUUUCCAUAUCUGCCUGGCAUCUGUGAGAGAACCAAACUACUGGUGCUGAGUUAUGCCCUGUACGUGGUGGGAGAUGAAGACGCCUGCUCCACCAACAUGCUCAAAUACCUUUGCAGACUGUCAGCAGGGCAAAAGAAGAAUGCAAGUGAUCCAUUUCUGAGAAGGCAGAGCAGUGUGAAGCCCAUAUCUUCAUCCGGAUGCCUGGCUGAGAAGCUGGUGCUGUGGUUAACCUCCGCAGGAUUUACACUGAAGGAUCUCGAGACGGUGCCGUUCGGUGUGGCUCUGCCAAUUAGAGACGCCAUCUAUCAGUGCAGAGAACACCCCUGCUCUGAUUGGUCCGAAGAGGUCUGCGCUCUGAUUGGCCGACAGGACCUGACCAGACAAGCUCACAAAGUCACUCUAGCCAAUCGUAAAUCGACGGUGGGUCUUAACGUGAUGCUGGAGCCGCCGGUGAGCAGCGAAGCCGAUGAGGAAGAGGACGGCAUGACGGAUCUUCACCCCGAGGUGACCGCGCUCAUCUGGAGUCAAGAUCUCAGGGUGCAGGAGGUGCGGCGGCUGCUCCAGAGCUCCAGACCCGUCCGUGUUAAUGUGCCACAUCUGCCGGAGAUCAGUGACCACGAGUACAUUGAGGAGAAGGAGAACAAGCUCCUCCAGCUGUGCCAGCGCACCAUGUCUCUCCCAGUGGGACGAGGGCUUUUUACUCUCUUCUCAUACCACCCUGUGCCAACCGAACCACUGCCUGUGCCCAAACUCAACCUGACUGGCCGUGCUCCUCCCAGGAACACCAUGGUGGACCUGAACAGUGGAAACAUCGACGUACCACCCAACAUGACCAGCUGGCCCAGCUUUCACAACGGCGUGGCGGCAGGCCUGAAAAUCGCUCCUGCUUCUCAAGUUGAGUCCGCUUGGAUCGCCUACAACAAACCCAAAAGUGCCGAACUGGCCAAUGAGUAUGCUGGUUUCCUGAUGGCACUGGGCCUCAAUGGUCACCUCACCAAACUAGCCACUCUCAACAUCCAUGACUACCUCACCAAGGGUCAUGAAAUGACGAGUAUCGGGCUGCUUUUGGGUGUUUCUGCUGCUAAACUGGGCACCAUGGACAUGUCCAUCACUCGUCUGCUGAGCAUCCACAUCCCUGCAUUGCUGCCGCCGACCUCCACCGAGCUGGACGUCCCACACAGUGUGCAGGUGGCUGCUGUGGUCGGCAUCGGCCUGGUCUAUCAGGGCACCGGACACCGGCACAACGCAGAGGUGCUGCUGGCAGAGAUCGGUCGUCCGCCGGGUCCAGAGAUGGAAUACUGCACGGACAGAGAGUCAUAUUCUCUAGCUGCAGGACUGGCACUCGGCAUGGUCUGCCUCGGGCACGGCAGUAACCUGAUCGGGAUGAGUGACCUGAACGUGCCCGAGCAGCUCUAUCAGUACAUGGUGGGAGGUCAUCGCCGCACUCAUGCUGGCAUCAACAGAGAGAAACACAAAUCUCCCAGCUAUCAGAUCAAGGAAGGUGACACCAUCAAUGUAGACGUGACUUGUCCUGGGGCUACACUUGCUCUGGCCAUGAUUUACCUCAAAACAAAUAAUAGGUCCGUUGCUGAUUGGCUGAAAGCCCCAGACACCAUGUUCCUGCUGGACUUCAUCAAGCCUGAGUUCCUGCUGCUGAGGACGCUGGCCAGAUGCCUUAUCAUGUGGGACGAGAUCUUUCCCAAUGCCGACUGGGUGACCAGCAAUGUUCCUCAGAUCAUCCAAGAAAACAUCGGAAACCAGGACCAGACGCCCGUCUCGGAGGACCUCAAUAUGGAGACUUUGGUUCAGGCUCAUGACUAUAUAAUCGCCGGAGGCUGUUUGGCUGUGGGAUUUCGGUUUGCUGGCUCUGCUAAUUCAGACGCCUUUGACUGCUUAUACAAAUUUGCCAAAAACUUCAUGCAGUGUUUGACCACCUCUACUGCUACAGUGACAGGCCAGUAUAACCUGCAGACGUGUUUGAGCAUGGUUCUUCUGGCAGUUUCUAUGGUCAUGUCCGGCUCAGGGAACCUGAAAGUGCUGCAGUUGUGCCGCUUUCUCCACAAACGCACCUUUGGAGAGAUGAACUAUGGGUUCCACAUGGCUCAUCACAUGGCCCUGGGUCUGCUCUUCCUGGGCGGAGGGAGAUACACCCUCAGCACCUCCAACUCGGCCAUCGCCGCGCUGCUCUGUGCACUUUAUCCUCAUUUUCCAGCUCACAGCACAGACAACAGGUAUCACCUCCAGGCGUUGCGUCAUCUGGCUGUCCUUGCGGCAGAACCUCGUCUGCUGGUGCCUGUGGAUGUGGACUCUCUCAAACCCUGCUACGCUCUGCUGGAUGUCACCUACAAGGAGACGCAGUGGUACGAAGAGACCACCGUGGAGUUGAUGGCUCCCACAAUGCUGCCCGAACUCCACCUGCUGAAGCGGAUUAAGGUGAAAGGUCCACGAUACUGGGAGCUGAACAUCGACAUCAGUAAAGGAACCCAGCAUCUGCAAUCCAUCCUGUCCAGAGACGGUGUCCUGUAUGUAAAGUUGCGGGCCGGUCAGCUUCCCUACAAGGACGAUCCUCAAGGCUGGAAGAGUUUACUGGCCCCGAACCUCAACAACAGAAGCGCAGAAGUUCGCACGUUUAAGCCCGAGGCCAUCUCAACCUUCACCUCAGACGCCGCUUUGGUCUCCUUCGCUGAGCAUUUCUGCAGAGCCUCGGAAAACAUGAAGCAUAGGCAGGAGACUGUGGCUUUACUGUCCGCCAUACUGUACGAGUGCGUGACGCAAGAAAACCCAGAAAUGCUGCCAACGUACAUCUCCAUUGAGCAGGCGGUGCGGACUCUGGAGCGGGCCGAUCUGAGCGAGACAUUCAGCCUGUGGCAGCUGAAGCUGGUGCUGGAGUUGUGUGAGAGUCGAUUGGCUCGAGCUCUGCUGCUCAGCUCGGAGUUUCUGCCUAUCAUGAAGAGCUCAGCAGAUCGAGCUCUGGAUCACUGGCUCUGUGACAAUAGUAAUGUGCUGAAGGAGUACCUAAGACGACAGACGAUGAACGGCGACACUGAUGUCAACAUGCUGGCCUGCUUUCUGGUCUAUCAUUCAAUCCCCAGCCUCAAAAACAUGCUGGCGUCCGACCUGGAAGGAUGUUCCAGUUUUCCAGAGCUGCUCCUCAAGAGCAGUCAGUUGGGUGUUCCCAUUCGAGCUCUUCUACGAUUGAGUCCUUUACUCCUGCAAAAUCACGACUCUGGCGUUUAACCGCACUCCUUCCGACCACUUCAUCUCCUCGAGCAGGUACUGCAGGGUCAUCACUGUCCUCAAAAACCAUCAACUUACAGGAACUUGCUACAGCAUCUUACAUCAACUUUUUAUUGCAUGAAGUUGUUAUGACAUCGAUGAGAUCGGAUGCUCACAGGUUUGCUCACCCCUAUGUAAAUAGCUUGUAACUAUUUGUACCUACGAUAAUUCAGUCAAUAAAUAUGACUUGAGGAAAUGGUUUUGAUAAAGUG